AUGAAUUUUGGAAUAUAAUUGGGAUAUUCAUAGCCUCAAAACAAUUUAAAUACGUCAUCUUUCUAAGAAAUAUAAAACAAAGCUCCCCCAGAAAUCAAACAAUUUGAACCACAGUUAGAAUUAAAUCAAUAUCAAGAAUAAGUACAUAGUUAUAAUUAUAUUAUAGCAUUUUCUUAAAAAUUAGUCAUUUUAAAACAAAAAAUCUUAUAUUUCAAGAGCAUUAUUGCUCAUUCUGAUAAAAUAAAUAAUAAUUCUGAUAAUAUAUUAGUUUUAUUACACUACUUUUUUUAUACAUAAUGUUUAUCUUAACUUAAACACAAAAGUUUUAGGACUAGUGUAUAUUGCCCUGACUAUACUCACCAGGUUUUCAUUUUGUUAAGCUGCUCCUAUUGCUUAGAUUAUAUUUAUAAUUGUACUAUUUUGGGAGCCUUUUGUUAUAUUAUGUGUUUAUAUUUUUAUGGUAAGAGAGUUAGGUAUAACGGGAUAUUACAUUAUGAUGUUGCGAUUUAUUUGUAGUUUUUUUUAGGUGAUAGUUGUCUAACUUUAUAUUUGUCUAGAAAAAUCGGCCAUUUAAUACAAAAAGGCUUUGGUAAUAUUCGGAAUGGCAGCUUUUUUUUAUAAUUUAAUAAUGUUGGGGGGAGAGGGUGAGAUAAAUGUCAUAAUUAUUCGUAUU